ACGAUCUAGAGACAGGACCGAACCCAAGCCUUGAACCUCAGUGUCGCGUUUCCCCUUCCCCUUGCCGACGCUCUUUCCCUGGUCAGAUCGUAUUUCGACGGCGGCAGGGUGGAACGCGAGCCCACAUCCUGACGUCAAGGCGUGGUGUUCGCCGCUUUCCCCUCGCCCUCCCCCUUUCCCUCAGGGCCCCAACCCGAUAAAGUGUCACCCGCGUCCGGUCGGCCUUGGCUACGUCCACACAUCGCAUCGAUCGGCGGCGGACCUCACAUCGUCUUUACGAACUCUCCCGUAGUCCGAAGAUGCUGUCCACGAGAAACAUGGUACUCCUGGCCGGAUCUGCCCUCGCCCUGCUCCUGGUGCUACCUGCCUGCGUGCGGGGUCAAGAUGCCCAGGGCGAACCCACCUUCAGGAACUUCUACAAUUGUACCUGGGCCAAGGGCGAUCCCGGAGAGCAAGCUCAGGCAUAUCUUGGAGGCUGCGGCAGUGAAGAGAUCUGUCCGCUCUACAGGGGCAGCGAAGCCAAACUGGAGCUCCAGUUCUCACCACGCAGCGACACCAGCGGCGUGUUUCGGCGCAUUUUCGGCCUGUUCGACAAGGUCCUGGUGCCGUACGGCCGCGAGGUGAACGUCUGCAACUCGACGACAUCCAUCGCCGACAACGUCAGGUGCAGCGAAGAGAGCCAUGGCCUCCGCCAAGGACGCCUCUACAGACACAGUGGCGCCUUCCUGGUGAAGCCGUUCUUCCCCAAAGUACAGCUCAACGUCACCAUUUACCUUUACGACAAGUCGCCACAGAAGGUCCCCGUCGCCUGCGUGCAGAUCCCUGUUCAAAUCAAGGACAAGGACCGCAGCUAGCCGCCCACCCAACAGCUGGAUCCGGACAUCGGACUCGCUGCCUCCAUCUUGAGUCAACGACACCCCGAAGUUCCUUAGAGCCAAUAAAGACCUCCCGAAACACC